AGACUAUUUGGAAAACUUUUAAGCAAAUGGCUUUAGAAUACACAAAAUUAAAAGACUACUUAAUUCAAAGACCGACAUAUGAAGUUUAAGAUGUAUACUUCAUCAGUAGUGGUAAAAUGUUAGCAUAAAUAUUAAAAGCUUUUGUUAAACUUAACUAAAAUGCGUUGGAGCGCGCAAAAGCCAACAACGCCAAUUCCACCCCUAACGCUUUUCUAUGAAAUAUUGUGAUCCGGGGUCAGAUUUAGGCAUGUUCAUUGCAGAGCCAGGAUCUUGAUGUACCAUUGGCUGGAAAUCUUUCAGCUCCUCCCCUUACGUCAAACAAGGAAGUUUACGAAGCGAAAAUGCUGAAUUGAGGCAUCUAAUGAAAAACACGGGACACUGAAGUGGGCAAAUCUGACUGACCUGCUGUACUUUGCAAACUGAAGAAGGAAAAAUGUCCAUUGCCAACCCGAAACAGACUGUUUCAAAUCCGACGAUUCCUUUCGCAGGAACGAUUCUGGGUGGGUUGCAGCCGGGCGAGAUGGUUCUAAUUCAGGGUGCAGUUCCCAGUGAUUCAGACAGGUUCCAGGUGGAUCUGACAUGCGGAAGCAGCACCAAACCACGGGCAGACGUGGCUUUCCACUUCAACCCUCGCUUCAAGAGGUCGCCCUGCAUCGUGUGCAACACGUUGCAGAAGGAGCACUGGGGCAAGGAGGAGAUUCAUUACCAGAUGCCUUUCAGACAAGGGGCAGCCUUUGAAAUAAUCAUGCUGGUACAGAAAGACUUAUUCAAGGUGGCAGUGAAUGGCUCUCACGUUCUGGAGUACAGACACAGAAUGGAUCUCGGAAAGGUGGACACACUGCUGAUAUCUGGAAAGGUCACAAUCCAGGCCAUCGGCUUCAUCCCCAAUGUGGCUCUGUUUUCAGAGUCGGGUGACUUGAGCGUACCCUACAAGGGCAGAUUGGAGACUGGGAUCAGCCCAGGAAACACCUUAACAGUCAAGGGGAAGGUUGGCGUGUACCCUCACAGCUUCGCCGUGAACCUUCGGGUGGGCGACUCGGAAGACAUCGCCCUGCACCUCAACCCCCGCAUCAAGGCCGGCGUCUUCGUCCGGAACUCCUUCCUGGGCGAGCGCUGGGGGCCAGAGGAGGUGGCGCUGCCCAGCUUCCCCUUCUCCCCGGGGGAGUACUUCGAGAUGAUCGUUCACUGCGAGGCGCAGAAGUUCAAGGUGGCCGUGAACGGGGUCCACCUGCUGGACUACAAGCAUCGGGUGCAGGACCUGACCCGGGUCAACCAGCUGGAGAUCCUGGGUGACCUGCAGCUCCUGGACGUUAAGCUGUGGUGAUCCACCUUCUCUCGCGCCCCACCCCGCCCCAACCUGUCUGAAAAAAGUCCCUUAAACAAGCACAGGCUUCACCCUCCGUGUCCCCCCCCCCCCCCCCCCCCACACACACACACACACAUCUCCACACUGUAGAGUAGUAUUUCACCCCAAAUCGACGUGAAUUAUUAUUAUUUUUUGCCUUUAUGUAAAAUGCAUUAUGCAUCUGAAGAAGAGUGAAAAGAAGAGCAAAUUUGCUGCCUUCAUUAACCUGCACAUAUCAGAGGCUAGCAUUGUUAGCUUCAGUGACUGAAAACACUGGGAGGGUACAUACCUGCUGGUAGCAUGCUGUAAAUUGAAUGUCAUAUUUACCUCCCAGUAACUAUUAACCAGGUCAGUCAGCCAUUUGGCUAAUUUGGAGCUGUAGUACAUUGUAUUGAAAGGCAGAAAAUGACAAAAAAAAUAUAUCUGUUUGCAUUGACUUAGGUCGAGGGCGUGUGUGGGAUGUGCAGUUUUUCUGUCAAUUUAACCCUUUAUGUGUCUAUUCAUACAUUUUCACAACCACUUCUCUUAACUUAAAAAAAAUGUUUUUGAAGCAGGAGACUGUCUGAAUGUAACAGGCAAACUAUGAGCUCCCCAUGUGGCUCACCCAGUUCAGUCCUCCAUAACAGGAACAGGCACAUUGCCUAUAACAUAUUCUAAAUGGUGAUUGGCUAACAUAAAUAGGGCAGCUGAAAUACAGCAGAUGUAUACGCAUUUACUGGUAUGUCUUUGUACAUAGACAUAGAGAUAGAACUGCAUAGUUUUUUUUUGUAGGUUUGACUGUGGUAGGAGGCCCAUUUGAAUGAACUUGUCCAGGUGACGCUCAUUCGAAUUUGCCUCCUUGCAUGUUUGUAACAUUUGACCUCAUAAGUUUCUACUGUCAUCGAGCCAUUAAGUAUUAACGACGGGUAUAGUUACAGGCACCCUCCCUACAGUUUCUCACCCUCCUUAACGUGGAGCUCAGCUCAGUUUUUUGUAAGAUAUUUGGCAAACAAAAAAAAGCACAGCUUUUAUGCAUAAACAGACUUCUGUGAAUAUAUACAAGAGAGGGAUUGCUGAAGUAUAUGGAGCAGCAACAUGAAGAAGCGAUAUGGGUUCCACAUCGGAGAUCUUUCCGAUAGAUCAGCUCCAGAUGUCGAACCCUUGCAGAAGACGCCCCACCCCAGUAGCCCGUGCUAAGCUUCGGCCAUUAAGAGUGACCGAAGAACGACGAAGGUGUUCAUUCGAUUUGAAAAUGCUAUUUAUUAAAUUUAAAAGAGUAUUUUUCUUCAUCAAACUGAACUAAGGGAGGUAGAGAAAAACGUCCCAUUGGCCACCCAUAGCGGCUUUAUUUCUCGUGUAAUGGAGAUGCCCGUUUCUCUCCAGAGCCAUACGGACAGAGACUGACUAACCUGGGAAGCCUGUGAUCAACGGCUGGGGAAAGCUCGGCUACGUCUAUGCAAGUUUCUACUCUGCAUUUCCUCAUUGGACACACCCGCCCUAUCGGGCAGCUCGGUUCGACUUACUUAGCUUUCCCUUCCUUCACCUCGCUCUUAAGCUGCCGCAGUGAACUCCUUUUGUGUUUUUGUCUCACCUUUGUCGGCAUCUGACGACCUUGUCUCGACACUAUGUAAUACAGCAAUAUUCUCUAACAGGCUUCACUACACGUUAAACAGGACUUUUAAAACUCAUUAAACUCAAACAUGCAGCAUUUCUGUACAUGUCUCUUUGGUUACCCCAAUAAACAAAAAAAGAAAAGAAAACA